AUGGAUGGCCGUUGGGUCCCACCUGUGUUUCCCUGGUACAAGGUCAACGUAGAUGCUACAGUCUUCUCUCAGCUUGGCAUGAUCGGCGUCGGUGUGAUUAUUAGAGACCACCUUGGAUUUGUUGUCGCAGCCUUAAGCAAACGCCUCCCUCUCCCAUUGGAUCCUUUGGAGGCAGAAGCAAAGGCAAUGGAUGAAGCCACUGUUUUUGCAUGGGACAUAGGGGUCAGAGAUGUCAUUUUUGAGUCAAAUUCCAUGCUGGUUUGCCAUGCUAUGGAGAACCCCACGGAUGUCCCGGUCUUUAUCUCUACAGUGGUCUCAGGUUUUUGUUCAAGACUUCCUGCGUUCCGUACUUUCCAAUCAUCCCAUGUGAGGCGACAAGGAAAUAGACCAAGUCAUACUUUAGCUGCUUUUGCGAAAAAUAUUGACUCUUUUGUAACUUGGAUGGAAGAGUGUCCACCUUUCCUUGCAUCUUCGGUUUCGCAAGAUGCUAUGUACUGUUUCGCUACUUAA